GAGCGCGUGAGAAAGGAGCCCAGCCCGUUGUUUCACUCUAUAUGGUCGUCCGUCUAUUUAGCUCUUGUUCGCUUGUUGUCGCCAGCGGGACGGUCGCUUGAUUUGUCGCCGUCUCCGAUACACUUCGCGUCCGAAAGAAAAGUCGGUGUGUCGUAAUUCCCGGAGCCGCCGACCGGGAGAUCAUACCACGAGACAUGUCAGAAGAAACUAGACAGCGAAAGCCUCACGGAGGAAUCCCUAAAGCCGAAUUCGUGGAGAAUGUUGAAGACUUCCUCAAGAAAGAGCACCACCCCAAUGCCGAGCACGCGUUGCGGGAACUCGGCGAAAUGUUGAGCAAAUAUAAUUUCAUGGACACCUCUCUGCAACAGAGGAAGGCGAAAGUGACAUCGCAGAUACCGGAGUUUAAGAACGCCUUGGAUCUUUUGAAGAUGUUGAAAGCUAAAAAGGAAGCUGCGGAGGACAUCAACACGACAUUUCUGCUCUCGGACGAUCUCUUCGCUAAAGCUAGAAUACCUCCGACGGAGAAAGUGUGCCUUUGGCUCGGAGCGAACGUGAUGCUCGAAUACGACCUCCAAGAGGCCGAGCAGCUGCUAUCGAAAAACUUGUCCUCGUCAGAGACAAUUCUGAAGGAAGUUGUCUCGGACAUGGAAUUCCUCCGGGAUCAGAUCACGACGACAGAAGUGAAUAUGGCUCGUGUCCACAAUUGGAAUGUGAAGAAGGUGCAAACUGCGAAAUCGGGGGCUGAAAAUUGAACUACUGGGGCUUGCUGCAGUUCGAAGUUGAACGUGUCGAUGAAGAAUGGGGUAAAUUAUCUUUUGAAUAAAGUUUCCUCA